UUUGACUUUCUGAUAUUAAUUGAAUGUUUUAUAUUUAAAUAUUAUAUAUAAUAUAAGCGUUUCUUUACUUGACAACGUGUUCUCGCUUAUCCAAUCAAAACACGUUGAAUGUAACAUGAUAUGGUUUCUGUUUUCUAGCUAUGUUGUUUAAAAGUUUUAUUCAGUAUGUUUUUGUUUGAUGUCCUAAAUAAAGUUUAAGUGUAGUUAAAAAUUAUUUUUAAAGUAUUCCCUACAUAAAAUUAAUGUUAACUUAGCCUCAAUAAUCAAAUCGAAAUUUUGUUUAUUUUGAACUAAAAUAACUUAAUUAUAAGGUUGAAUGAAUUUGACCUUUUUAAAAACUCUUUUUCAUUGGUGGAUUUUAAUUUAUGCAUUACGUAGGCAGUAAACAACUUUCUAUUGGUCGCCUAUAUUUUUGGCGGUAAACUUUUUUGUCUCUUGCGCUUCUGCCUUUUUGGUUCAUUCUGUAUUCGUUUGACAAGAAGAUCACAUGUUGAAAAUUCUAUACCACAAAUUUAUUGAAAGUUAUUUUACAGAAUUGUUCCACAUAUGUUGGUAUUUUAUUUGAUUUAUGGACUGGUGUAUUAUUCAUCAGGAUUUUAUAGUGCAUACCAAGAGGAGUUUUCGUAUUCAGUAAAUAAUAUUUCGUUGAAUACGAAUGAACUUUAUUUCGGUACUUCGUGCCGCGUAAGCUGUUUGUAUUUUGGGACUAACAUGGCGUCCAAGGAACUGGAGAAGAAAAAAAUAUUACCUUCUAGAGGUAAAAGAGUGGACUAUAAAUUGUUAAAUGACGGAUUCGGAGAUGAGGACCAGGAAUCCUUCUGGACAGAGGAACACAUGGAAGAUAUUAAAUUGUUUUCCGAGGAAACUACACAAGCGACCUUGUUGCCAACUUCCGCUUCCGCUAAAAAUGUCAGUUUUCACGAGGAUGAUGAAUUUUCUGGGGAUACAGACUUGAAUAGAAAAAGUCGUCAGACUGAUUCUGGUAUCAUUCAGAUGAAGAAGGAGCUGAGCGCCUUACAACAAGAAGAACGGGUUCUUAAGGAACAGUUAUCCGAAGCAGACGUAUUGAGAAAACAAAUUGAACAGAAGAAACAGGACGUUAAAAAAUUAAGAGAACAUGUAGCUCAUCCACCACUUCGAAAGUGUACAAUUGUCUCAGACUCCAUUGCCAAAAAUGUGUCAGGUAUUUGGGAUACUCAAAUAACAGCCUUUCCUGGAAUUAAUAUUUCAAGGUUAAGUUUUCGUAUUUCACAAGGUCAAGUUGAUCUUAGAUCUGCUUAUGUCAUAUUACAUGUUGGUACCAAUGAUGUAACUGGCCCUCGUUCAGAAGAUGAGAUUAUCUCAUCUUUUAACGAUUUGAUUUCCAAUGUUCGUCAACAAUCUUCUGGAAGCAUUAUUGUAUCUGCAAUUAUUCCACGCCCUAUAGAUUUUGAUACUACUGGUAAUAGGGUUAAAAAUUUAAACAAUAAAUUGGUUUUACUAUGCAAAUCUAGAAAUGUUAUUUUCAUUAGAACUUUCAAACCCUUUCUUAAAUGUGGCUUGCCCCGUCGUGAGUAUUAUGCUAUAAAAGACGGUGGUUUACAUCUUAACCUAGAAGGUACAAGGCGUUUGAAAGAAUUUUUCAUUAAUACCAUUGCUCACUUAAAGUAAUUACAACUUAGUGUUGGAUGAGCGCUACAUGUUUACUGCAAGUUUCAAUGUUUGUAUUUCUAGACAGCUUUUUAAGUAAAAUAUGUAAUUCGUAAUUAUUAUAAUCUUUAGAAUAUACAUUCGUAAAAUAGUGUCAUGUUCUAAUGUCAUUAUGUCUUUGCUUGAGGCACUUGGUUACUCAAGAAAGAUUAAAUCUUACAAACUGGCAAUGGCUAGUAUUGAAGAUUACUUUCUACUAAGGAGGUUAAAAGGAUGCCUCUUAGUGGUUUUGUUAUUGUGUAUACACUUGUUCUAGAGUGUUUCUGGAUAUUGAAUUUAAUGUUUAUAUUCAAAUAUAUGCAUUAGUUGAUAUAUGUACGUUAUGCCUUUGCUUGAGACACACUGUUUCUCAAGAAAGGCUCAGUCUCGUAAGUUGGUAAUGACCAGUCUUGGAGAUUAUGCUACUAAGGAGGUGGUAUGAAAGCCUCUUAGUAGAUUUGUAUGUAUCUGAACUUAUAUUUGCUGAUGUUUUGUAUUUUGUAAUGUUUUUUGUUUGUAUUUUUCAUGGCCAUGGGUGUGGCUGGAUUAUGAAUAUUACUUCUGUAAUGAUUAAUGGAUUGUCAUGUGGAUAGACAAAGACAUUUUGAUUGAGUUUCAUGAUGAAACAAUUUCUAUUUGUAUUGAAUAAUAUAAUCAUUUAAUAUGAAUGUGAAACAUGUGAUCUCGAAUUACCUAAUAAUAUGAUAUCAAGAUCAAAAUUUCUCUUGUGUUUUCUUUUAAAUGAUAACUUAUAAUUUUGUUUAUUUUGAACUAAAAUUACUUAAUUAUAAGGUUGAAUGAAUUUGACCUUUUUAAAAACUCUUUUUCAUUGGUGAAUUUUAAUUUAUGCAUUACGUAGGCAGUAAACAACUUUCUAUUGGUCGCCUAUAUUUUUGGCGGUAAUUUUUUUUGUCUCUUGCGCUUCUGCCUUUUUGGUUCAUUCUAUAUUCGUUUGACAAGAAGAUCACAUGUUGAAAAUUCUAUUUAAAUCGAAAUUAAUGGAAUUAAGAAUCAAAUCCAGAGAAAGCUGAAUAGUUGCACCCUGACAAAGGAACAUUUAUUAUAAAUGUGUGAUAAUAAUAUAGAACUAUA